CUGUGCUCGUGAACGUAUAUACCUCAUUUGGGAUGGUACUUAGUGUGUUUUUAUAUUUUUCUUGAAAAAUGUUAAUUUUAAAAGGUUCUGACUGGUUUGAUACGUCGAAUUUUUUGUUCACUGAAUUUGAUAACAAUUGUACAAAUUAUUAUGGUUGUUGGUACAUGACAACGGGAAAAGUAAUCGGAAGAAAAGUGGAACGCGUGUUACGCGUAUUAGUUGAAGAUUUAAUACCUUAGCCUAUUCAGAGAAUCAAACUCGUUAGCUAUGACGUAAAUUAUAAUCUAGAAUAUAACACGAUGAAUAAGGCAAGAGUAGGGUCAGAGUAUAUCCCGUUAGUAGAAGACGAAAUGUCGAAAGCGCGACUUGUUUUGUCUUUCUCCAAGUUAGCAUGGUUUACUGUUUCCUUACCAUUUUUGGCAUUUAUUUUUUGUAUUGUUUGGUCUGUUUUAUAUAAUUUCGAGCACUCUACUUCUACUCAUUGCAAGGUUUAUAAUUUCUUACCAUCUGUCUCUGCUGCAAUUGGGCAUUAUAAGCCGCAAAGAGACAUUUGGAAAGCUGCUAUAGCGGUGCAAGCAGUGAUAAGGGUUUUGGUAUUAUUAAUGUAUUAUCGUUUUUAUAAAGAACGUAUAUAUAAGUGGGCACAAAGUAUAUGUAAUAUUGCAAUAUUUACAUAUGCCAUUGAAAACAUAUCUCUUGUAACUUUAAGUUUCUGGACUUCCGAUGAAAAUUAUGCCUUUCACAAAUUGUCUUUCAUAAUGUUUCUAAUAACAUCUUUUAUACAUAUGCUUGUGGCAUAUUUUAUUAUGAAGAACUGUUUGAACAGUACCAGAGAAUAUUCUGAAAUUGCUUCAUUAAAAUGGAAGCGCAGAGCCAUGAUAUUUAAUUUGUCCUGUGUAGCAUUCGCGUGUUACUUUUUCUAUAGACAUAAUAAAUAUUGUGAACCAUUAGUCUACUCUAUGUUCGCGUUAAGCGAAUAUGGAGUUGUCCUUUCAAAUAUGGGGUUCCAUUCAACUGCAGCUUGGGAUUUUGCAAAUUCAAGGCUUAUGAUAUCAGGAACUGGGUUUAGAAUAAUUUAAAGCAUUUUCGAAAAAAAAAAAAUCGUUAUUAUUUU